AGUAACUCCGUUUAUGUUUUGAGUUUGUAUGUGCGUUUGCGUGUGUACUUUCCCACACGAGUUUACUGCAAUUCUGAAUAGUCUCAGCCACCGUCAGAAUGGCAGCUGCGGCCCCGAACUCAGACGAUUCAAGCCGGGGUAGUAGCGGUAGCAGCACACCCAGCGUCCUUGCCGGGGACGGGGACACGGAAGAGGCCGAGGAUUUCACCUCAUCCUCCCACUGCUCAGAGCUGUCUAGGAGGCAGAACGAACAGAGGAAGCAAGGAUUGUUUUGCGACGUGACGCUGGCCUUCAGCUGUGGGGCGGCAACCGUUAAUGUUCAGAGCUUUGAGUUUUCCGCUCACCGUUCCGUGCUGGCUGCGGCUACGGAUUAUUUUACCCCAUUACUAGGUGGUCAGUUCUCCGAGUCACAGUCAGGUCGGGUUGAGAUGAAGGAAUGGAGUUCUGCGUUGGGACCAGACCCCGAGACGGUGGAGAGUAUUAUUCAGUACAUGUACACGGGAGAAAUACGUGUGAGCACAUGCAAUGUGCAUGAAGUACUGGAGCUUGCUGACAGGUUUCUCCUGCUGCAGCUUAAAGAGUUCUGUGGAGAGUUCCUGAAGAAGAAGCUGAACCUGGCCAAUUGUGUGGCGGUGCACAGCCUGGCCCACAUGUACACACUGGACCAGCUGGCACUGCGGGCCGCUGACAUGAUCAGACGCAACUUCCACAAGGUCAUCCAGGACGAGGAGUUCUACGCGCUCCCGUUACACCUGGUGAGGGACUGGCUGUCGGACGCCGAGAUCACGGUGGACGCGGAGGAAGUGCUGUUUGAGGCGGUGGUGAAGUGGGUCCAGAGGAAUGCAGAAGAGCGGGGGAGGUACUUUGAGGAGUUGUUCCAACUCAUCCGGCUGCCCCAGAUUAAGCCCACCUACCUGACCCGAGUUGUGAAGACUGAGGCACUGGUGGCGGCCAAUGAGGCCUGUCUUCGCCUGGUGUCCGAUGCGGUUGAAGGCCACGCCAUCCGCUGCGAGAACCUCAAGUCGGCUGACCUGGAGUUCUGGUCGUCCUACAUGGCCUCCUUUCAGCCGCGCUUCGGCCAGAACAUGGAUGUGAUCAUGGUGGUGGGCGGGGUGUCAGAAGGGGGAGACUACCUGAGCGAAUGUGUGGGCUACUUCAUCUAUGAGGACCGCUGGGUCAACCUGCCCCACAUCCACAACCACCUGGACGGCCACGCCAUCGCCACCACCGACACCCACGUCUACGUCGCAGGCUCCAUGGAACCGGGCUUCGCCAAGACCGUGGAGCGCUACAACCCCAACCGCAACACCUGGGAGCAGGUGAGCAACCUGACCACGCGGAAGCACUCCUUCGGCCUCACCUGCAUCAAGGACAUCCUGUACAGCAUCGGUGGCCACGGCAACUUCAGCCCGGGCUUCAAGGACGUGAGCGUGUACGAGCCGGAGCAGGACAAGUGGCACAACCUGGAGUCGGCGCCCAAGAUCCUGCGCGACGUGAAGGCGGUGAGCGUGGAGGACCGCUACGUGUACGUGACGGCGCGGACGCCCGUGGACACGGACAACGAGGACGGGCUGAAGACGGUGACCACGCGCUACGACACGGAGAGCCGCCUGUGGCAGGACGUGGAAUCCCUCCCCCUCGUUGACAACUACUGCCUGUUCCAGAUGGCCGUGGCCUCCACCAACUUCUACCACACGGCGUCCUGCUGCCCCAAGAGCUACGCCGUCCGGGACGAGGCGGCCCGGCUGAAGAUCAGCGCCCGGGUCCCCGACGACAUCCUGGAGAGCCUGCCGCCGGAGGUGACCAGCGUGGAGGGCGCCGCCGUGUGCCACUUCGACGAUGACGUCUUCGUGAUCGGCGGCUGGAAGAACAGCGACGACGUGGACAAGCAGUACCGCAAGGAGGCCUACCGCUACUGCGCCGAGCGGAAGCGCUGGAUGCUCCUGCCGCCCAUGCCCCAGCCGCGCUGCCGCGCCACCGCGUGCCACGUGCGCAUCCCCUACCGCUUCCUGUACGGCUGCCAGCGCUACCCCAUGCCCCAGAACCUGGCCCGCCAGAGGGACCGCAUGCAGCAGAUGCAGCAGCUGCACCGCCGCACGCUAACCCUGCGCAGGCAGCUGCAGUCCCAGAUCGAGUGCUGAUCCGACCCGCAGUGUCCGACACAUGCAGGCCUGCGCGGGAGGUGGGGGCUGCCCGGACCCCCCCGCCCCCCCCCCCCACGCCACGUCCAUAACCUGCUGCUCACUCACUCUUUCGUUGCUCUCAAGUCAGUUGUUUUCCCUGGCGAGAUCCGUGCCGGGUCAUCGUGCCGGGUCAUCGUGGUGUCCAGACGGGGGUUUGUGGCGAGUUGUACUGUGAUCAGGACAGGGACCGGUUAAGGAGGUGCUGGCUGUGUGUGUGUGUGUGUGGACCAGGCUGGAUGUGUCCAUGUGUCAGUGGUGCUGGACUGUGACCAAGAGCCUAGUACUGGAUAUGUACAGGUGACAUUUAUCUUUUUGUACAUGCAUGUAGUAUAUAACUGUAUAUGUAUACAUAUUAUAUAUAGAUAUAUUUUAUUUCCUCAUUCUAUGCUUAUUUUGCUAGUCAGAAUCUACAUUCCUCGUCACUAGAUUUCUAAGACAUUCCAUCAGAACACUGUGACAAUCACUCCAUCCAUUACCAAGGCCUGACUGGCUCGGUCGGGAACAGCUCUGCUUGUCUCUAUUAGCACUUUGAUACAGGAGCUUAACAUGAAUUCGUGGAAAAAGGUCUCAUUUGUCUUUAUCAUGUCUGUGGUUCAAUGGAGGACCACUUUGUAUGUGGGGACUUACAAUCACGGUCUGCUAUGUGGACUAGCUUUUCCCGCUGAUGAUUUAAUGGAGCGUGUUCUCUCUUCCGCGGUUCCUCCUAACAAGUUCUGUCUUCUUACUGACUCUCGAUAGAGAAUUUCAUGCAGCAGUGCCCACAGUGAGGGGAGAUGAGAGGAACUGCCUGUGGAGUUGCUUGGAUAGGCGCAUAGAGAUGAUAGGAGUUUAAGACAAAUAGGCGGUUUAUUAAUUCAUCACAAACCCUUUGUUUGGCCUUGAAAAAAUAAUGUUGGUCUAUUCUUAUGCACCUCCCAUCUUUCUGUGAAAGUCAUAAUUCAGCUAAUUAAUUCUGUCAUGUGGGAAAUCCUGAUUUUUCAGGGAUUUUUUGACAUGCGUCCUUAUUAGUCUUAACGCUCUAACAUUUCAUGGAAAUUAAGUCAACCAUUCUAUUUGAAUAGUCUUCAGUUUUCAGAGGCUGCUUUUUCCUAAAGUUAUCUUCUAUGUUUUUGCCUAUCCGAUAGACUUAAAUACAGAGAAAUAGAGUGGAUGAAUCAUUGGCAUGAUUAAAGGAUAGAACUAUUUUAGUCAUUAGUUUCAGGUCCAUUGAAAGUGGUACUUUCAAUUCAACCCUUGACUGGAGAUGUGUAGGGUGCUGACGUACUGUGAGACCAUGGAGAAAUCUUAACAAAUUCUGGAGCUCAAGGACACAGUUACAGAUUUAUCCUUUAGCUGUAGAAUUUGUGAGACUUUUUGCCAGGUGUACAAUUUAAUUCGUCAGGUGCAAUAUAUAUAUUUUUUAACCUAAUUUUGGCCGGUUUCUUUUUUGGCCUCCUUCAUAGAACUGUGGUAAUGCUAACAUUUGAAGGGUUUACUCCUCAAAAGAUUAGGACCAAAUUCCAGAUUCUCAUGGACACUUUUAUGUAUCCCUUACAACAAAGCAAACAUGAGUGGGUACUAAGUACUACAUUGGAAAAGUUUCUUUAUUACACUGUAACUGUCUAAUGAUCUUCAUGUUAUUCUGAACUUCUCAGUACAUUUUUGAUGCAUAUCAAUAUCUUUUGUUCUUUUAAAAAUCAGCCUUUUUUCACUGACAGCGCCAAUUAAAAAGUAAACCUGGUUUAUCAAUUACCUCUUUUUAAUUGUAUUAUUGUGUGGUUGGGCUGUAAAAUCACAAUGAAUUCUGCGACAAUUUCAGAAUUCAUAUUAUAACAAAUAAAACAAGAUGUAAUUGUUUAAAAUAAUAAAUGUAUUUUUAUUUUGAAAUGCAAUUUAAUUUAAUGUCUUAAUUUCCAAUAUAUUUUGGCGCCCUGAUAAUCCUCUUUGUCAAAAAUAUUUUCUGUAUGUAGUCCCCCAAAUAGGGAAUCUCGUUCUAUUCUUUCUUUGUCUAUAUUUUUUUCUGUCCUCUUCAAUGCACAUGUUCCAGGUGGUUAACUUCAAAAUAAUGGCCCAUGCUCAUUACAGUCAAUAGGAACAUUGUGUUCCACAGCACAAUGCAAUUGUUAUUAUCCUGCUUAUUUUUUGUACGGCAGGAUCUCUGGUGGGGUUUUCUUGAUUUGUUUGAAGAACGUGGUACAGAUUGAGGACUCCAGCUUGUGCACGGUCAACUAUUGACGUGCAUGUGUGCCUGUAUGCCUAUGUGAAUGGUGAAACAUGCUUGGCAAAUCUGGAAAAGGCACUUUUCUACCUUUAAUCAAAUCUAACUCCAUAGCUUGAGUUCUGGACGCAUUUAAGUCUGAUUAGAUUCCACUGAUUUCUUCAGAGGCCAUUAUGUAUACUUUUUUUUUUACCAAUGUAUUAAAUACCUCAACCAAUAUUCCCUGUUGUUCCCAUUCCAAAAGAUUUACACUACAGUUAUUUGUUGUAGUUUUUUUGUUACAAAAUGAAUGUGUUGUAAAUGUGCGACAGACUUUUUGCUACACACCAGUCUUAUUUGUAUUCUGAGAGAUCCCUUCCCAGAUUGCUGUGUGGGUCUCCUCAAUCCAGUGAGAUGUAUCGAGGGUUUCCUCAUGAACGUGUUGCAGUGCAGUUAUAGAGUUCAUCUACUGUUAUAAGCUCUAUCCCCGUAGCUUACCUUUAACUAAAAGCACUAUGAUUCUGAGAAUGCAUUGAAAGUGUAUUUUCUUAGCCUUGCAUAGACAUUGAAAUGUUCACCUGUAACCUAUACAGUAUAUUUUGCUUUGCAUGUGGCAGGCUGACAUUGGUUCAGUAUAUUAGAGGUGAAACAAAUGCCAAUGCUAUCACUCACAAUAAAAAUGUUUUUUCAUCUAUCAA